AGUGAUUAUGUGGUAAUAUUGGGCACGUGUAUUUAAAUAUUACAAUUAUUCCAAGGUUAUUGAACAUGAACACGAAAAAGUGAAACCGCUGGACAACGUUGGAAUUGAUAAAGUUAUGUAGACAUUCUUUGAUUGUUUGUUACCGAAUUGUGUUACUAUCGAAGUAGAAUUUUUUUUUAUGGAUGCAUGAAAUUAUAUCUAAACUUACGUUAUACUUUUACAUUAUUUUUAAUCUUGUUUCUAUUACAUAGAUUUAUUAUAUUUUGGAGCAUAGUGUAACUCAGUUCUAACAUGAGGCAGUGCUAGUAAGGUAUCAAUUGACAAACAAACAACUUUGUAGGGCCGAUUUUUUUCUACUUUGGAAUUUAGAUUUCAGAAAUGUGUUUACAUAAAAAUAUUUCUCAUUGCAUGUUGAUAUGUCAUGUUACGAAAUCUAUAAUAUAAUUUAAAAAUUCUUAUGUAAUUAUGGCAUAUUUACCAACCAUUAUUAUAAAAAAAUGUCUGAACUUAAUUACACAAAACGAUAAGGCAAUAUGUCCGCCAAUAAAUAUAACUUGAUUUGCACAUUUUGGUGUAAUUCAAGUCAAGAUGAGCAGUGAAGAAGGCAGCGAAAGCGACUAUAACAAUGAUGUUGAAAAUAAUUUUGGUCCUUGGAAAUUUCAGGAAACAAAUAAAAUAAUAUUUUUCUUAAAUGGCACUAAAAUAACAGUGGACACAACUACGAUUACUCCUAAAACAACUCUUAAUGAAUACCUUCGGAAGAAUUUACAUCUUACAGGAACAAAAUACAUGUGCAUGGAAGGCGGUUGUGGUGCUUGCAUCGUAUCGGCUACUUUCACAAACUUAAAUACAAAUACAAAAGAAACAAAAGCAAUUAAUUCGUGUUUAGUUACGAUUUUAAUGGUAGAAGGAUGGGAAAUCACUACUGUAGAAGGUUUGGGAAACCGCAUCGACGGUUACAAUGAAAUUCAAGAGAAAGUGGUCCAAUUUAAUGCCACUCAGUGUGGGUUCUGCACUCCUGGUAUGGUGAUGAACAUGUACUCUCUGAAAGAAUCUGGUGUAACUAAAAUGCAUCAAAUAGAAAAUUCCUUUGGAGGAAAUCUAUGCAGAUGUACUGGUUAUAGACCAAUUUUAUCAGCUUUCAAAUCAAUGGCAACUGAUGCCGAUGAAAGUAUUUUAGGCAUUGUACGCGAUAUUGAAGACCUCAAGCGUUGUUCUAACAACGAAAAUUGUUCCAAAAAAUGCUUGGAAUUUUCAAUGAACGACGAAAUACCUUCAAUUAUAAUGACAAACCAUAAUCACGUAAAUAAUAACGUUACUUCGGCAGAUAACUGGUAUAAAGUAUCUAAAAUUAAAGAUAUUUUCGCAAUAUUCAGAAGGAAUUCAAGAAGAACGUACCAACUUGUAUCUGGUAAUACCGCAAAAGGUGUUUAUAAAGAUAUAUCAAAUCGUGAUUAUUUUAUUGAUAUUUCGGGAGUAAAAGAGCUUCAAGGCUACUCUCAUAAUACUUCAAAGUUAAUCUUAGGUGGUAACAUGACGCUAAGUGAGACAAUGCAAAUAUGCCAAAAAGUUUCUGAGAUUGAUGAUGGUUUCAAACAUCUGGCUAAAGUUGCAACACAUUUGGAUGUUGUUGCGCAUGUGCCAGUUAGAAAUAUUGGUACCCUUGCUGGUAACCUAGCAAUGAAGUAUACAUACAAUGAAUUUCCGUCCGACAUUUUUCUGUUGUUGGAAACAAUUGAUGCGGUUUUAGUUAUAGACAAUGGUAGACGUCUACGCAAAAUUUCGCCCAGUGAGUUUCUUGAUUUUGACAUGAAUAAAAAGAUUAUCAGAAGCAUUGAAAUUCCAACAUUGGAUAAUAAUUAUCAAUUUGAUUCUUACAAAAUUAUGAAACGAGCACAGAACGCUCACGCCAUCAUAAACGCGGGGUUUUUAAUUAAAUUUAAAAAGAAUGUUGUGGAUAAAUGUACAAUUGUAUUUGGAGGUGUGAAUUCAACAUUUAUACAUGCUAGUAAAACAGAAAAAUUGAUCAAAGGAAAAGUCCUUUUUGACAACAAGAAUUUACAAAGUUUCUUCGCCAAAUUGCAAUCUGAAAUCAAGCCGGACAAUACUAUGCCAGAUCCUUCUCCAGAAUUUCGGAGAAAACUCUGCAUAAGCUUAUUUUACAAGUUUGUUUUGAGCAUUACUCCAAAUGAACUAAUUUCACCGCGCAAUAAAUCUGGAGCAUCAAAACUAGUCAGACCUUCAGUUUCAACUGGUGUCCAGGAUUAUAAAACGAAGGAAUCUAUGUAUCCGGUGGGGGAACCAAUUCAUAAAAUAGAAGCCGCAGCCCAGACAUCUGGAGAAUUAAAAUAUGUAACUGAUGAAGCUGAUAAUUAUGGUCAAUGUUUUGCUGUUUUUGUUCAGGGUAAAGCAGUACCAGGAUCAGUUCUGAAAUUAAUUGAUGCAUCAACAGCAUUGAAACUAGAAGGAGUUGAAGGUUUCUUCCAAGCUGCUGACGUUCCUGGAGUAAAUUCAUUUACGAUUCCAAACAAAGUACUAGAAUUCGAUGAUGAAGAAAUAUUUUUAGGAAUCGGUGAUAAACUAAAAUAUUAUUUUCAACCAGUUGGUAUAAUUGUCGCAAAUUCUCAAGAAAUUGCUGAUGCUGCAUCAAAAUUGGUUAAAGUUACUUUUGAUUCUACUAAAACAGAACCAGUGCUUACGACUACAGACGCACUUAAACAUCCUGAUCGAAUAAAACACUUCAACACCUGGAUGCCAAAAAAUCAAAAUGAUGCUCCUAUAAAAUUUGAGGGAGUGUUUGAAUCUUUACCUCAAUACCACAAUCACAUGGAAUUACAAGUGGCUUCUGUGAAUCCUGGAGAUAAUGGCAACAUAAAGAUUCACAUUGGCACACAAUGGAUAAACUCUGUGCAAUCAUCAGUUUCAAGGUCAAUGAACAUACCAGCUCAUAAAAUCAACGUUGAAGUUAAAUGGGUAGGAGGUAGUUUUGGUGGUAAAGUAACUCGAGCAAAUUGGAUGGCAUGUGCUGCUACACUAGCAGCCAUCAAACUAAGAAAACCAGUCAAGUUAUUCAUGUCCCUAGAAGCAAAUAUGAACAUUAUAGGCAAAAGACACUCCAUAAGAUCAACUUAUAAUGUGGGUGUGGACAAGAAUGGAGUUUUUGGGUCCCUAAAUACUAAUUUGUAUUGUAAUACCGGUGUGUACAGAAACUCUGCAAUAGAAGAGUUUAUGGUUGAGUUAUAUGAAGGUCCUUAUGUUACGGACACGUUCUAUACUGAAUUGGACAUUGUUAAAACAGAUAAUUCAGCAGCAACUUACAUGAGAAGUCCUGGUUAUAUGGAAGGUAGUGCUAUUAUUGAGACUAUCAUGGAUCAUAUUGCUUGUAAAUUGGAUAAAGACCCAAUUGAUGUUAGAUUGGCUAACUUAAAGAAUGACAAUCUUUUAAAGAAAAUCAUUAAUGAUACUUUAGAAUGGUCGGACUAUAGAAAACGAAGAUCUGCAAUAGAAAAAUUUAAUCAGGAAAACAUUUGGAGGAAAAAAGGUAUUUCCUUAGUACCAAUGGCAUAUGCCCUAACAGGACUAUCUCCUUACUUUGCACAAGUUUCAAUCUACCAAUCUGAUGGUACCGUAGCCAUUACACAUGGAGGGAUUGAAAUUGGUCAAGGUAUAAACACUAAAGCAGCUCAAGUUGUUGCCUAUGUUCUGGGAAUUGAUUUUAAUAUGGUCAGUGUAUUGCCUUCUAACAAUUUUACGACUCCCAAUAAUUUUGUCACCGCGGGAUCAGUUACUACGGAAUCUAUCUGCAUGGCUUUGAAUACAGCAUGUACCAGCUUGAUCACACGUAUUAACCAAGCAGCAACUGACAAUAAACUUCCUUCUGAUUCGCCGUGGCUUAAAAGGGUACAGAAUGCACAUGCAAAUGGGUUAUCUCUCACUGAAAAUGCAAUUUAUGCUCAUGACCAAACUAAUCCAACAAUAUACGUAGUUUAUGGAGCGAGUGUCAGUGAAAUAGAGUUGGAUGUUUUGACUGGUCAAAUUAUCGUUCAAAGGGCUGAUUUAGUUGAAGACACGGGCGACUCUUUAAAUCCUUUUAUAGAUAUUGGACAAGUAGAAGGGGCUUACAUGAUGGGGUUAGGUCAUUGGACGAGUGAAGAACUAAUCUAUGAUAAUAAAGGUGCAUUGAAAACAAACAAUACUUGGAAUUAUAAAAUUCCUGGAGUGAAAGAUAUACCAGUUGAUAUGAGAGUGAAAUUUCCAGACGGAAUACCAAAUCCUUUAACUCCGUUUAAAAACAAAGCAACUAGUGAGCCACCAUUUUGUUUGGCGUUUUCUGUCCCACUGGCAAUCAAACAUGCGUUAAAAUCAGUCAGAACACAGUUUGAUAAAAAUCUUGAUCCUUGGGCAACAAUGGAUGGUCCUUGUUCACUGGAAUGGAUAUUCAUGAAUAGUAAUCAUGAUAUUAAACAAUAUGAACUAUAAUUUCAGAUUAAUUAUAUUUUUAAUUUGUGAAGAUAACAUCGUUAAUAUGUGACUAAUAAAUUACGUUUGGGCAA